ACUCUCUUCCACCAAUAAACGAGACACGAGUGUAAUAUGCGGUUUUCUUUCCUUUCAUUUCAUACGUCCGCUCGUCGGCUGUUACGUCAUCAGCUGAUUUCCGAGAGCUCCGAGAGUGGUUGUGUUCGAACUCUAUUGAUAUAUCGAUAGAGAAAACAAUCGAUGUCUAUCGACCACUGGCUAUCAAGUACUCACUCUCGCCACUGCGUGGCGCCACUGUCCGGCGUUACCAUGUGAUUGAUGUUUUGGUGCGAUAACAUGGCGUCGUUGGGUCGCAAUGAGUCUUCCAGGUAGAUUACUUUAUUGUUACCGAAAGUAAUGAGACCCGAGACAUGCCGGUGGAUAUCAACAGAUUAACCGAGGGUUGGCUGGAGCUCGAGAGUGACCCAGGACUAUUUACACUACUCCUGGAGGACUUUGGGGUGAAGGGGGUGCAAGUGGAAGAAAUUUACGAUCUCCAAAAGUCACUCGAGGGUCCAGUUUAUGGAUUUAUAUUUCUCUUUCGAUGGAUCGAGGAGAGAAGAUCCAGGAGGAAAAUUGUGGAGCACGAUGAGAGUUUUCUCAAGGAUGAGGAGAUUGUCAAUACUAUAUUCUUCGCACAGCAGGUUGUGCCAAACAGCUGUGCAACCCACGCCCUCCUCUCGGUCCUCCUGAACUGUCCCAACAUCCACUUGGGCACGACGUUAUCACGACUGAAGCACCACACAUCGGGUAUGUGCCCCGAAAACAAGGGAUGGGCAAUCGGGAAUACUCCUGAGUUAGCCUGUGCCCACAACUCGCACGCAAUGCCCCAAGCCAAGAGACGUCAGGACAAAAACACAGGCAUGACAACCGGAAGGUUCACAGGAGAAGCUUAUCACUUCGUCAGCUAUGUCCCUAUCAGUGGAAGAUUAUUCGAACUGGAUGGACUGAAACCCUACCCGGUUGAUCAUGGCCCCUGGAAGGAGCAUGAGGAGUGGACCGAGCAGUUCAGAAGAGUUAUAACUGAUCGCCUGGGAAUAUCCACCGGAGAACAACUCCAGGAUAUCAGGUUUAACUUGAUGGCGGUUGUUCCUGACAGGCGACUAGCGCUUUCCCACAAAUUAACAAUGCUGAAGACUAACAGACAGAUCGUCUUGGAGGCACUGCAGCAACUGGUGAAACUCAGUCAUCAGGAGAGCGAGAAGAAUCAUUUGGAUGGGGAAAGAGGGGAGAAGAGAGCCAAGGAAGAGGGGAAAGAUGCUGAUGGGGUGAGUGUUCCUCACGUGAAGUUCGAAACUAGUCAGCAUGGGGAAAGUGAGGAGACUGGCAAUCUGGUGAAGAAUGAGGGGCAUGGCAUGGAGAAGGUUGUCAUGUGUGCUCUGGAUUAUGCUACUCCGCUGAGAAUUCAAACUUCACCUGCUCACAGCUCAUCUAGCACUGACACUUCCUCGGAAAUUGGAUCUGCUUUCAAUUCGCCCACUCAAGCUUGGGGAUGGAAUUCGGGCCAGAGCAGCCCCACAUCCACCAAGGACUUUAAAAAAUUCGUUGUUAUUCGAGUCGCUGGGGAUGAGAAGAACGAGGCAGGUUUGAGUCGUUCCCUUGGUAACAUUAACAUAAAUGGAAAACGACUGGUAUCCGACUCGGGGCAUUUGCAUAAAAAGGUUUGUUUGUCCGGAGAGGUACGUAUACCCCAUGCUAGAGUGAAAACUAGCAAUGGGGAUACAGUUACUGAGGAGAAGAAGGUGGAGAAAAUUGACUCGAAAUUGUGCUCGAAAUAUCCGGAAUUGUUUGAACCACACACCUUCGCUCCCAAGGAUCUUCUCGCCCUGCUGAAAAAUCUGGAGCACGAAAUUAGUAUUUGUGAGACGUGCUUGAAGGAUGAGAACGACAAACGAAAUAAAUAUAAAAUCGACGACUGCAGACGAACGCAUAAUUACGACGAAUUCAUUUGUACCUUUCUCUCGAUGUUAGCCCAGCAAGGAAAAUUAGCUGAAUUGGUACAGCAACAUUUAACGCUAAAAAAGCAUACUUCAGUCACAGUAAAUCGAGUUCAUAGAACUUCAAAGAAAACUGAUGCACGACCAAACGCCUCACGUCGUCGUCGUGGCAGAACCAAAUGCAAAAAACGAAAAUGAAUAAUUAACUUUCUGUUGAGUUUCAUCUCCUCAGUUCUACGCGGGUCGUGAACACUGCACUAAUAGAUCGAAGACAGUUUCAUAUUCAUAUGAUGGAUUGUAAGUCUACUGGAUUUUACAAACCCUCCAUUUAAUCGUUUCUUUUUGAAAUCAAUUUAUGAAGCAGACAAUUACCCCUUGCAUAAUUAUUUUAAUUAUUAAGGAAUUAAAUAAUUGAUGAUUUAAUUGAAUGUUUGAUUUGUUUAAUCCUUAUGAUAUUUACUUCAACGAAUGAGUUAUAAGGAUUACGGUAGAAAAUAAAAUAUGAGAUGAUAGAUGAGA